UCCCCUCCGCCACCUCCGCCGCCGGCCCGCCAUGUCCUUCUCCUCCUCCUCCUCCUCCUCCUCCUCCUCUUCUCCUUCACCUUCGCCUUCGACCUCGACGGCCGACCCCAAGCGACCUCGGAGCCUCCCGCAGGUCCUCACGUACCACGACCAGACCAAGCACUCCUUCUCCAACUACGCCCGCGGCCCCCGCGGCCUCGACUGGGCGAACCAGCCCAACGUUCCGCCGCUACGCCGCCGCCCUCUCCUCUCCCUCCUCCACCUCCCCGCCGGCGACCGGCCCCAGGGCCAGCCGUCAAGCCUCGUCGACGCCCCCGCCCCCGCCCCGCCCCCUCCUUCGUACUCCUCCCUGUUCCGUUCGCUCCCUCCUCCGCAACCCAUCUCCAACACCGCCGUGUCGCAGCUGUUCUACGACUCGCUCGCCCUGUCCGCCUGGAAGACCGCGGGAUCCUCCACCUGGUCGCUCCGGGUUAACCCCAGCAGCGGCAAUUUGCACCCGACCGAGGCUUACUUGAUCGCCCCGGGCGUCGAGUCCCUGUCUGGUUCGGGUUUCGUCGCGCAUUACGCGCCCAAGGAGCAUUCCCUGGAGGUAAGAGCCGAAUUGCCAUCUGGGUUCUUGCCCAAGUUCUUUCCCAAUUCUUUCCUCGUCGGCCUGAGUUCCAUCUUUUGGCGAGAGGCUUGGAAGUAUGGAGAGCGAGCCUUUAGGUAUUGUAAUCAUGACGUGGGCCAUGCAAUUGCUGCGGUUGCGAUGGCGGCCGCAGGGCUUGGGUGGGACGUGAAGCUUCUCGAUGGGUUGAGUCAUGAGGAUUUGAAGAGGCUGAUGGGACUUCAUAUUUUCCCCGAAUUUGAGAUCCCGCCUAGGCCUGUUAAGGGGAAGAUGGUAGACAUUGAAUUUGAGCAUCCAGAUUGUGUAUUGGUUGUUUUUCCUAGGGGAAUUGGUGAAUUCAAUGUGAAUUAUAGGGAAUUGAGCUCAGCUUUGUCAGAGUUUCCGGGAUUGGAAUGGAAGGGGAAGCCUAAUGUGCUUAGCAAGGAGCAUAUUUGUUGGGAUAUUAUACAUAGAACGGCUGAGGCUGCGAAGAAGCCCUUGACGGCGGGAGAUAGAUUUUCCAUUGAUCCAUUUUGUGAGAGUGAGAGUCAUAGCGAAAAUUCGUACAAGGGAUUUAGUAUUAGGGAAGUUGUAAGGAAGCGUAGAAGUGCAGUGGACAUGGAUGGAGUGACUGCAAUUGAUAGAGCCACGUUUUAUCAGAUACUGUUGCAUUGUGUUCCUUCGGGUUCUGGGAAUGGAGGAAAGCAGAAACAGCUGGCCUUGCCAUAUCGAGUUCUUUCAUGGGAUGCUGAGGUGCAUGCUGCCUUGUUUGUUCACAGAGUGACUGGGUUACCAAAGGGUUUGUAUUUCUUGGUGAGGAACGAAGAUCAUUUUGAAAAGCUCAAGAAAGCUACAAGGCCUGACUUUGAGUGGCUGAAGCCAGAGGGAUGCCCUUCUAGUCUUCCCUUGUAUCGACUUGCUAGAGGUGACUGUCAGGAGCUAGCAAAGCAACUAUCAUGUCAUCAGGAUAUUGCCAGCGAUGGCUGCUUCAGUCUUGGAAUGGUGGCUCAUUUUCAGCCUGUGUUGAGUGACAAGGGUCCUUGGAUGUAUCCUCGGCUGUUUUGGGAAACAGGAGUGCUUGGCCAGAUUUUGUAUCUGGAAGCACAUGCAGUUGGCAUAUCUGCUACUGGAAUCGGCUGCUUUUUCGAUGAUCCAGUGCACGAACUUCUUGGUCUUAGAGGGUCGACCUUCCAAAGUUUGUACCAUUUCACAGUGGGAGGCCCAGUUCUUGACAAGAGAAUAAUGAGCUUACCAGCUUAUCCUGGACCCAAGAUUGAUGCAUAAUUGUGUCUCCGUGAGAUUCCAAGGAUCCACCUGGACGAGUUUUAUUGAUGUCCAAGGUAUUUGCAAAUUUUUGUCAUUUGUAAUUACCAUAUUCUAGACUAGGCUUACACUGAGUCCUUUCAUGUACAUAGGCAUCUCGAUGAGCACAGUUAUUUGUAUGUAAUUGGAUUAGCUAAGAGACAGCUAUUAAAUCCAGCUAAAGGGGAAUUAAAGACAUUGAUGGAAAGAUACAUAGUCAGAGGUACAUAGUCAUUGUCAUAUUUUAUGUGCAGCUACUCAUCUGUUGCUGGUGUCGUGACCUGGUUUCUCAGGCUACUUGCUAAUUUGAUAUCAAGCCUCUUGUUUCUCAUGUAAGUCCAGUUGCCCCAAAAGCCACCAAGGAUGAUUUGUGGAGUCUACUGGUGGAAUCUCUGUUUCCUCUUAAUCUAUUAUAGAUAGAUCUCAGCUUCUUAAGCUCUUCGCAUGUUCUUUUUUUGUAAUCCCUGACCUUUCCCUCACCUGUGGUGGCUCACGUGAACCAAAGUUGACUUCACACAGAUGUAAUCCUUUUUUCAAUCCCCAGUCCCUAUUUUCA